AUGCAAGGCCCUGACUUCGAACAGCUUGCCAAUGCUGGACUCUCCGUCUUCGACCUCAAUUCCGAGUACUUGGCCUCACAAGACUGGUCCAAGACUGCGCUCGGCCAUGCGCCGAGCUGGCCGCAGACUCUCUCCUCCUACGUCGGCAUCGUCAAGGCCUUCCCCCACCCUGCUGCCGUUUUCUGGGGCUCACAUCUCUCACUCAUCCACAAUUUUGCAUGGGGUGUCGCUACAAACAGUCAUGAUGCCCAAGGCGCCCACGCCGUCGACCUGUUCCAGGGAGAAACUCGCGGUGCCCUCCAGUCAGCAGUCACUGGUCGUACGGUCAGGAUAUCGGGCGACUUUUUCUUCAGCAGUACCCCUGACCAUGCCUACGACACACCCGUGCUGAUCUGCCCUCUACUCGAUGACAGAGGCCACCGUCAAGGGGCGCUUGCCCAAUUACUCGACGGCCCACCCUCACAACGCUCGCUCGACAACGAGCUGCUAGGCAGUGGCUCCAAUAUGGCGUCCCCAGACGACAAGUUCAGGUCACAGAACAAUAGCUUUCUCGACAAAUCUGAGAAGGAUCAGGAUGACAUCCUGAGUAAGGCCAUCCCACCCGACAGGCGUGGCGAUUUAGCCGAUGCGGUUUCGAAGCAUGGCCACAUAGACUUGAGACAGAGCCAACUCUUUCAGCGUUUUGCCGAGCUACUGCCCACCGGCCUGGCCAUAUUGAACCACUUGGCCGAGGCUGUUUUUGUCAAUGACCAAUUUUUUAGUCUAACGACCAAGAAGACGUCCCGCGAAUUCCGUUCCUGGCCCGAGAGUAUCGAUCCUCGAGACUAUGAGCGGGUCAUGACUGAAUAUCGUGAGGCGUUCAAGGAACGUAGGGACGUCAAGGUCGACUUUAGAUGUGUUGCUGGUGACGAGGCUGAUAGAAACGACUUGCAACAGCCUGAGAAAGAUGAGUGGCGCAUGUUUCUGCUCCGGCCUCUCAACCCCAGACGCCACUCCGGAUACAUCUGUGCGGUCGUGGAUAUUACGGAAUUGAAAACCGCCGAGCUGACACAGGAGCGCACUGCACGUGACGCAAAGGACCGCAAGCAGCAGCAAGAGCGCUUCAUUGACAUGGUCUCCCACGAAAUCAGGAACCCACUCAGUGCCGUGUUGCACCUCGCCGAGGAGAUCAAGGAAACGAGCAAGGCCAUGUUGGGGCAUGGGCCUCGACCUGACCAGAUCGCAGAACUAAUCGAUGCAGCUGAAACCAUCCUGGUCUGCGUGUCCCACCAGAGUGUUCUGGUAGACGACAUAUUGAACUUCUCAAAGCUGGACAGCGCCAUGAUGUCACUUGCGCCUAGCAUCUCGCAGCCGAAAUGGGCCCUAUCCCAGCAGUUGAAAGUGUUUCAAGCUGAGCUCAAGACCAACCGCAUCGGAUUUGAAUACGCCCUCGAUGUUUCAUUCGAGAAGCAUAGCAUCGACUGGGUGGUAGCAGAUCUCGCUCGCAUCAAGCAGGUGCUUGUGAACCUCAUGACCAACUCCAUCAAGUUCACAGCGAAGAAGAAGGGAGAGCGGCGGAUAACGGUCGCAGUAGGUGCCAGUGUCGAGAGACCAAAAUCAUAUCCACCGAAUGUGGUUUUCUUCGACAAUUACAAGGACGAUGACUUGUCUGUGGACCAGACUCAAUCUCCAGAGUGGGGCGACGGCCCUCCGAUGUUCCUAAUGGUCGCAGUUAAAGACUCCGGGAUUGGCAUCUCCGCCGCAGACCAAGUCAAGCUUUUUGAACGCUUCCGGCAGGCUACACCCAAGACUUCUGAGAAGUACGGAGGUUCCGGCUUGGGUCUAUCAAUUUCGAGGAAAUUAUGCCAAUUGCAUGGUGGUGACAUAGGCGUGGGUUCCAAAGAGGGUGAUGGAUCCACAUUUGGCUUCUAUUUCAAAGUGCGCCGAGCAUCCCCGCCAGCCGACGAGAAUACCACUUCAUCCGGGAGGAGCACUCCUAUGAGACAGCUUUCAACAGAAAGUCUACCGAUCAGACCACGGCUGCCUAGCCGCCCACAAUCUUAUAAGACGCAAAUCGGAAGCAUUGAAGAAGUGACCGGGGACACGGGAAUGGGUACGGAACAAGGUACCCAGUCGGCUGUAGCCAAGGUCUCGGAGAUGCCAGGUGUAGACCAAGUCACGGAUAUAAACCGCACAUUAAUUGACCCGCCAGUGCGGUAUGAAUCUGCAGCGCAUCCAGGGUCAUUCCUAGACGAAAGGGCCUCUCAGACUCAGAAGGCAGCAGAGAAGGUUGAUCAGGAGGCAGGAGAAUUACUCGAGCAACGUGACAAGGAUGAGCUCAAUAAGGCCGAACAGGUCAAUGUCUCGAGCGUGAAGCAAGAGGCUCACCCGCAAGCUCCGUCGCCUGCUAAAGGAACACUGCUCCUCGUCGAGGAUAAUCUGAUCAACCAGAAAGUGCUGAAGAGGCAAUUGCAAAACCACGGAUUCCAAGUCUCCACUGCCAAUAAUGGGCAGGAGGCCGUCGAAGCCGUCGUUGAGCGGGCAAAAGAGCGCGCCGACACAACUGCCGGACCUCGUUCACAGGAGGAACUUGCAAAGUUUUCCUGCAUUCUGAUGGACCAGGAAAUGCCAGUUAAGGACGGUAAUACUGCGGCCCGGGAAAUCAAGGGCUUGCAGGCCAGGGGCGAGGUCGGCAAGUCGCCUAUCUUAGGAGUAAGCGCCAAUGUGAGGGAGGAGCAAACGAAGCUCAUGAAGGAGGCGGGCAUGGAUGAGGUAAUCAGCAAGCCUUUCAAGGUCAUAGACCUAGUCAAGAAAAUUGAUGGCCUGGUGGAGACAUUCGAGAGUGAAAAUAAAUAG